GUUUCUGCAUUUUCUUCUUUUUGGAUAGCUUCUUUCUUUGUAACUUGUAAAGCAGGUGGCAGGUGUAAUAUCUAGAAGACUCCUUUUCUCAUUUGAACUUAAAGUAAGUUAGAAGGAGGGAGACAUGUUGUUGCGGACUCCUAGUGGGAGAGAUCCUUCUUAUUAGACCUUCCUCCCCACCGUGUCUUCAGAAAAAGAACUGGUAUUUAGUUUGUUCAUUUAGACUUGGAAAUGGCAUUUCCUCUUUAAAAGUCUCAAAUGGUACAACUAAAAUAAAAGAAAAUCUUAAGAUGUUGAAAACGGUAUUUCAGCUCAUUCACAAAACAGUUGGUAGCUCUGUUUCUCAAUAUGUGCUAGCUAUGGUGAGGGUAAGGUCUAGAUCUUGAUUGCCACAAAAAACCACUGAUAAUAGUUUAAGGACAUCUGAUUUGUUCACUCCACCUCAUGGCAGUUUUUGAUCAAAACUCAUCUUAACUCAAGGUUUAGUUUAGAAAAAUUUUCCCAAUAUUUCCAUGUAAUCUAUUUUUAAAUGAAUUUCAGAAGAAGCUCUUGACCCAUAAAAGGAAGCAAGAGGGAGAAUACGUGAAGAAACAUGGUUGUGAGACAUUCAGUCCCUAGAAGUUUGUACAAACAUCAGAGUUUCUGGUGUAUUACAGAGACGUGGCUUGAAUUCUGAGCUGUAGAGACCUCCAGUUUUCUUCGAUGAUACCAUAAUAUCUCAUAAACAAACAGACCCAAGCUAAAUCACUUUUGAUAUAAGCCUAACCUGAUGACUUGUAUAGUGUAUGCUUCUCUCUCAGUGUAAGUCAUCUAUGAUGAACAAUAAACUUUUUGUCCUCUCUGGGAUUAAUAGCAUUUCAUAUCCCACUAAGAUUUUGAUCAUUUUUAUGUGGUGAAAGACUUUCUAUAAAAACAAUACUUCUUCCCAUUAAAAUUCUAUUCUGCCUAAAUAUACAUGUUCUUCAAACAUCUGUGUAAGAUUAAUAUUGCCAUAUUCAAUUCCUGACAACUUGUGCCUUAAGAGGACUCAUAUGGUCAUUUAUAAUUCCUGCUUUUGAGAAUCAAAUCCAAGUUCUCUUUUGAGCAUUUCCACUAAUUUGUUAUACUCUGGCAGAUCCUCUUGGUUUUCUGAGCCUACUUUUGUAGAUAGGAGAAUACAAGUUAAUUUCUACCAGUGUUUUGAUGUUUUAAAUCACUAACAUUUGGCAAGUGCUCCAAGAUCUUUCAAUGGCAAUUGCUAUACAACACAAAAUAUGUAAAUGUAAAACAAACAAGUGAACAAAAUCCUCCUGUCCUCCAUAGACUCUUCACUGUCCAAGUAAUAAAAUAAAGAAUAUUUGUCACAUAUAAUGGAUUUUAAUGCCUUUGAGUUUGGAAGGCAUCUCUCUUCAUAAAAGCAUUAAGGUCUUUCAGACAUCAUUAUGUCUUUUUUAGUGCAUGAAUAAAGAAAAAGGAAAAGUUGUCUUCUUGCUGUCUCCUGUACCUGUUCCCCUCUUACACUUUAUUUAAGGAAAACCCUAUGCUAUGCAAAUACUUUCUUAGUUCAGCAUUGUCAGUUGCUUUCUAUUGUUCAAUCACCAGGCAGGUUUCCCCCCCACAAUGUAGUCUCUUGAUGAUGAGACUAUAACUUGUUGAUUAAUCUGUGUAUUCCUCUGAUUUAUCCUCAUUCUUCUCAACUUAAUGCUUCCCUUUCUCCUGAUUAUUUAAUCUGUUCUGAUUUAUAGCUGAUUUUCUAAACUACUCCAGAAGCCAUGUGUAUUCCUAAUUUUUUUUACAGACCAGCUGUGUACUUUGCUGAGUGAACUAUGCAGUGCAGUAGCUUCAGUGUUAAGGCCUUUUCUGGAUCAUGCAGCAUAUUUCAGUAAUUAAGUAUUGAUGCUUUUAGCUUACUGGGGCUUCCUAUCCUAUGAGUAGAGCUACACAUUUCAGCUGCUUAAUUUCUACCAACUGCAGUUAUCAAGUAGCAUUGCAAAAUGUUCAAAGACUUUGCUGAAAGAGCAAUAUUCUUUAGAGAUUGCUAGGGUUUAUAACAUAUUUAAUUUGUUCUUUUUUGCAUAAGGUGCUGAUUAGGUCACAUAUUGAACCCUCUGACCCUACUAUGUUAUACUGGGGAAAAUUUCAUUGUUAUUUCAAAACUUAUUUGUGAGCACUGGGCUAUUGAGAAAAAGGUAUAGAAAUUAAAAGAAAGGGGGGUUUGUAUUAUAGGUUUUUCUUUUAACAUGUAAGAACAGAAAGACUUAAUAAGAAGGGGAGUAAAGUUCAACAGACAAGGUCAAGUGCAGUAGUGAGUUGGGCUCACCUACUUCAGUAGAAGUAUGACAGCCCUUUAAUGGUUAGUACCGGUGAACCUCAUGUGAGGUCAGCAGAGACUGUAUGUUUUAUGUAAGAGGGAAUAUUUGAUCUUUUCUCCACUUCUAAUAACAAUUUGCUGUUUUAUUCAGAUCCUGAAGCUUCAUGCCAUUAGCAGAAGAACAGGCAAUAAAAAAAUUUUACUUAAUUUCUGAGCACAGGUGGAUGAUGAAAGUUUAACCUCUCCCAGUUGCCAAUAGGAAAUUUGUAGGAACACUAUAAGGGACUUGUUACAGGUAACUUGAGUUUUUCUAUGCUUUCUGUGUACUUCUCCUUCUUAAGCAGAAUGGGCUUUCUGAACAACGCUUUAUUUAUUAGGUUACAAAGUUAUUUUCACUAGUUCCCAUCAGUCCUUUUACUUUGGUUGCAUGCAGUCUGGCUAGGACGAAACCUACCAGUGGCAUAAUGUGAAGUAAGGGAGGAAAUAUAGACAGUAAGAAAGAUCAACACAGGAUCCAGUUCUGAUUAAUUUGAUUUUGAUCUUCCCUUCACUCCUCUUAAAGAGCCUGGCAGUGAAUGUUGCUUAAGCCAUCUUAAACCUACAGAUACUUAACUUAGGCUGGGAUGAACAUAAGAUUUUAUUUCCAGGGAAAGACUGUAAAGGUAUCAAGAUCAGGAUGGUAGGGAGCACACUGAAGUAGUGCACAUUGAAGUAGUGCUAGGAAAUGCCUAUUUCCUGUGUGCAUUUGCACCAAAGAUUCUCAAGAGAGUCCAGCUGGGACAAAUGAUAGUGCUGAAAAAGGAGCAGCAUAUGUUUCUGAUAUUUCUGUGGAUGCACUGUUAAUGGAGACUGAUGAGUUGCAUACCCCUGUGCAGCAUGGGUAGUUCUGUUUUGCAGAAAUGCUUUCAGCAUCUUCAAACCUUGGAUACCCAAGUGCCUGCCAGUAUCAGAAGCAUCUAUUUGGUGUGACUCACAUUAUCUUACUUUUUUUCCCAGAAGGAAAUUGUGAGUAUAGUUCUGUGUUUUCCCUUGGAUUUGGCAUUUUGUCAAAGAUGUGUUGUUUUGUGUCAGAGAAAGAAAAUACUGCUGCCCUCAGAGUAGAGAGAUGAGACUGUUCGGGACUCAUCCCUGGAAAAACUCAGUCUGUGCCAGAGAUGAAAUUUACUCUUUUAGAAAGUAGUUCCACUGUGCAUAGGAGAGCUGAGCUGUUGACUAGAAGUUUACCUCUCACACCCACAGAGCUGACUAUUCUCAAGUCUUUUGGUUAAAAUACAGCAAAUACUAUUUAAGGAAAAAGGACUCAUGGGGUAUUUGUGACUAGAGCAUGUGAGAGCAAAUACACUUGCACACACACAUUCUGAAGGCAGAGAGAGAUGAGUGUGCAUUGCUGCAAGUGCUGUAUCAUCUGAUUUGGUGCCUGCCUGAAAACAUAAUCUUGACUCUUUAAAAUCGGUACACAAAGUCAGUGGCUAUGGUCACACUGUGGUUACUGAAAAUCUUUCCCAGCGCAGACCACCUUCAUCUGAGCUCUGGCAUUUUCUUGGAUAUCUGCUGUGUAAAAGAGCUUUUUGACAGAGCCCCAACAAGCCUCUUAAUUUGUCUUUUAAACACUUUACCAAAAGGAAGACAAAGGAAGCUGAACCAUCCAGAGAAGACAGGGUGGUCUAAUAGUUGGAAGUCGAGCACUGGGAACCAGGAGGAUUCUGGUUUCUAAUCUGUUUGAGCUGCUGCUUCAGUCCUUGACCUUCUCGUACUUUUGUCAACAUGCCUAGAAAAUGGAGCACAAAACUAGACCUUGAAAACUUGAUACUGUGUUUGCGUUGAAACUUCCUGUAUAAAAAUGUUAGGAGGAAAUGCCAAGGAUCUGAUUUUUCAGCGAAUCUGAUUUUUCAGCAUAUCUGCCUUCUGUGCUGUGUUUAGCCUGUUGCCCUGCAGUCUGUGAUAUGCUGCAAUGCUUUCCAAGUGGGGAGCUGUUUCACUUGCCGCACUCUGAGUUUGAAGGUCUUGUGCUGGCUCUGCAGUAACCAGCAGGCUCUGUGGAGUGACUUUGCUACAGAAUGACAGCCUUAAGUCUAGAUUUCCUUGCUUUACAGGGAGUUUCAAAUUUGUUUUUCUUCAAAUAAGAAAAUGGUUUACUGUGUAACAGGUGGAAUGGCUAUGACAAGAGGGAUGGAAAAAAUAAAGUCAGUCCAGUAAAACUAUGUAAAAGCUGUAACAUCAGCCAACCAAAGGAAAGAAGUUUCCUGAAUCAGGCUAUGUUUACUUUAAACACAGCUCACUGUGCCUUGCUAUUUCAGUACAUAUUGUGUGUGGUAUCCAGCUAUUUUAAAGAUAAGAUCAAAUUCACAAUUCAGAUCAAAAUGUCUCUCCCAGCUGUGAACUUAUUAAGCAUUACUAAGAGUCACAAUGGAAGACCAUGGUCUGUGUGGUGCUGUAUGUGAUACCGCAUAAGGAUAAAUAUUUGUCAGGAUGUCCAAGGGCAGUGUGAGCCUCUUAUAGAGCUCAAGAGAAUUCAUCUCUUCCAUUUUCCUGGCAUCCUCUGGCUAGGAAACUUUUUCAGAUGGACUGAAUUUAAUAAGCAUUGUGGGAUAAGCAGAGAAGAGAAAAGAAUGAGUAAGAAAUAGGGCCACUAUAGCUGCUACCUGUAUGAGGGGAAAGGAAUCUUUCUUUGUAGGUGUGCACACGAUAAGCCUCCUGUAUGCAUGUACCACACUGGUGCUAUUGAUGUAGAGGGGGGCUGGCAGAAGGAAAACUGCAGUCUACUUAAUUGACCUCCUUUCCUCUUCUGCCCUUAUUGCUGCGGCUGGCUUCUUUACUGAGAAAAUGAACUAUAGUGGCAUUGGGAAACCCCUACUCAGUAAGCUGGAGUCCUUCAUAUUCUCUGCAGGAGAAAGGUAGCUGUAAGUUUGUACGUACGUAAGAAGCCAACUUAAAAUGCUCACAAACUCAACUGUUUGUUUUUAAAAUUAAACAGGUUCCAUUUAAAGACAUGUAUAUGUCAACAAGUAUGUGUUUGCAAUAGGUCCCAUGAAAGUAUUUUUUCAAAGCCAAAACUGGAUUUUCAUCAGACCUGUUGCCCUGUGACAACUGCCAUGAAGCAAGCCCCAGCACCAUCACUGCUGGGUUGGCUACUUACCGCACAGUAGCCCUACAAAGGUGCAGAUGAAUGUCUGUAGGUUGCGCUUAACAGUACCACCUGAUGAAGGCUCACAGCCUGAACAGGGAGCAAAGGAACCUGAAAGAAAGAAAAAUGAGCUCUACCAUGUACCAAAUGGCAUGUCUCCAGGGAAGCUCUCUCAUGGGAUGGUGUAUGGCGUUGUGCACAGAACUGACAACAACCAUCAGAGAGAAAUGGUGGUUUAUGGGUGGUCAGCUGAUCAGCUGAAAGAGGAGAUGAAUUACAUUAAAGAAGUGAGAGCAACUCUCGAAAAAGUAAGAAAGAAAAUGUACGGUGAAUAUGAUGAAAUGAAACGAAAAAUACAGCAGCUUACAAAUGAACUGAAAGUGACAAAUGCUCAUCAGGAAUCCUUAGAGAAUCAUGUGCGAGUGCAGGCUGCAGCCUUAGAUAGCUUUAGUGAAAUGAACAGCUCCUUGACAUCAGCAUCAAUAGACUUGCAGAAAACUCUAGUGGAUGUUACAUUGGAGAACACUGAUAUAAGGGAACAAAUAAGGAAUUUAAAACAUACACAUGAGCAAUCUAUGGAAAAGCUGAGAGAGAAGCAAAAGCAACUGGAAACAGCACAAAUUGAAAAUCAGUUACUGAAAUUAAAGGUGGAAUCGUCACAGGAAGCCAAUGCUGAAGUCAUGAGAGAGAUGACAAGAAAACUGUACAGUCAGUAUGAGGAAAAAAUGCGAGAAGAGGAGCAGAAACAUAAAGCUGAGAAAGAAAUCCUCCUAGAGGAAACGAAUCGGCUUCUGAAGGCUAUUGAAGAGGCAAAUAAGAAGAUGCAGAUUACAGAAACAAGCAUACAGGAAAAAGACCAGAGAAUCGGUGAGCUGGACCGUCUGAUUGAACGCAUGGAAGAGGAACGUCACCAGCUGCAAAAACAACUUGAACUAAAUGAAAUACAAAUAUCUGGAGCAAAAUCUGAAAACAACUGUGACAGUGAAAGGUCACAGCAUUUGGAGGAGGUAGCAGCUAGUCUAAGAGAACGAAUCAAACAUCUGGAUGAUAUGGUCCACUGCCAACAGAAGAAAGUCAAGCACAUGGUUGAGGAGAUUGAAAUGCUAAGGAAGAAAGUAAAAGAAAAGGAAUUAUUUAUAAUACAACUUUUAGAAAAAAUCUCUUUCUUAGAAUGUGAGAAUAAAGAAUUACAAGAUAAAUUGGACUACUUAAUGGAAAACCAACCAAAGACCAAUAUAGAAACCAGAGAUACUGGUGUAGGAUGUGAUCUUCCAUACAGUCCAAGUACUGAGAACGGAAGAUCUCCUGAAAGUGCAAGGCCGGUGAGGACAUACACCCCAUUCAAGAGAGUGUUGGAAUUUAGCACAAAGAACAGUACGUCUUGAGCAUUCAGGUCAAUGUGCUUUCUAAAUACAAGCAAAUAUCUUGCGCCUUUGCAGCUUGAUUAGAUAAAUUUUUAUCAAGUCGUAGAGAAGAACAGCAGCAUGGAGUCUUGCUAAAUUUAUCCUGAAAGCAGCUCUUUAGUAACUUCGUAUCUGAAGUUUCUACUGACAUUAACUGUGAGGGGGUUAUGGAAGAAGCAGGAUGGGUGAAACAGCAGUCAAUAUUGCUUCUUCAGAAGCUGUCUAGUCCAAUGUGUCAUUUCAAAUGCCUGUAAGGAAAGACUUGUAUAGCUGUACAGGUUUUUUUUCUUCAAUUCUGUUGUAAUUCUGUUUGUGUAAUGAAGCUCUAAUAUAUUUUAUUUACAAUAUUACCAGAACCAGUAUCUGAAACUAUGCUGGCAGAUGGCAUUAGUCUGAAAGCUCCCGCUUUCUCUGUGUACAAAGUGUGAGGGCUGUUCAUGCCUGUCAUAGAGACCUGGUAUAGUUGAGGGCUCUGUUCACCUGGAAGAAGUUCACUCAUAACCAUCACUCUUUUGCUGGGAGGGAGAGAUGCAACUGGGCUGUUUCGAACAAUUCCCUCAACGCAUGCAGAUGACUGUCAUGUUUGUUGCUCAAAACAGAAAGCGAUAGAGCAGAUUAUAAUGGAUUUUGCUUUGUUGGACUGAGGCACUGGUUUGCACUUCCUCAGUCAUGGGAUAGAGUGACUGUUGGUGAUACAUUCAAUAGCAAUUGUGUAGGAAAAUCGCUGUUACUUUUAUUUAUUUAUUUUUCCAUUAGAGGAAGGAAUUUUCAUUAAACAGAAUUUUGCCUACAGCAACCUGCAGCAGUCUCUGCAAUUCCUAGAGCAAUAGCAAUCCUGAAUCAGGAUUUUGAUUUUUGAGUAGUCUUUUUUUUUUCCCCCCCCCCCCCCCCCAAACACUUAAAAAUCUUAUCCUUGACUUCGAAGUACCAGCAGGAAUGAUUCCAUCUAGUAGUGAACUUAUUUAAAUAUAAAUAGGGUAUUUUUUUUAUAUCUUGUUUUGAUCUCCCAGUCUUAGUGAACUAAAAUGAAUUAUGAAUAUUUUCUUGUAGUUCUAUUAACAUGAAUGAAGGGGUUUUUGGGGUUUUUUUUUUGGUUACAGUAACUGCUAUGGAAAACAAACAACUUACAUUUUGUAUGGUUAAUACUGUUCUUGCAUUGAAUGUCAAUCCCAGGAGGUACUCACCUUGUCACAGGGCUUCACAAAGUGAUUGCUUUUAUCUCCAGUCUAACGCAAGUUUUAAAAUUCAGUACUGUCUGUUCAAAUUAAGUAUACUCAGUAGAGUUGUAUUUAAAAUAAUAAUAUUGACCUCAUAAUCCAAACCUUAUUCCUAUGUUAUUUCAUGGGUUUCUGAAUUUGUUAGGGAACUUUAUUCUGUAGCUGUGCCGUUUAACUACUAAAUAAAGAAGCCUGUAUUGGAGGAUGGAUUGAAGGAUGUUUUGAUGUGGUACAGGUAUCUUGCAGGAACAUGAAUUGCUUGAUGUAAUCAAAGCAUGUACAAAAUAAAAUGGGAAGCUCAAACUUCUCCAGCUUUGUGCUCAGAUCAUCCUCUGUUUGCACAUAAGCUAUUUUUUAACUCACAACCUGUUCAACUCCUGAGAACUUAAAAUGGUCAUUCUUUCUAAAAAGUCAAACACAGUAUUAUGAAUUGUAUUAUGCACAAAAUUCAAGAAAUAAUUGCAGUCAAAGCCAUUAACAAAAAGGUAAAUUAUCUACUGUGUGAAGGAAGCCUGUAAUCUUCACUGGUACAGAAGUUGCAAACAUUAACAGCUGCUCAGUGUUUCUUUUAAAAAGAAUAAUUAAAAAAUACAUCAUUAGUUUUAAUACCUCUAAAAGGAAACUCUGUUUACUUUGCACAUGAUGAGGGACUGCAAAGGAUCUCAUAGACAUCAAAAGGGCAAAGAAAACCCUCCAGCUGUCACAUUGGUAAACAGGCAUAAUCCCACACAUUUGCUUAAACAGCUAUUCCCAGAGAAGAGGUGCAAAACCUCUAGAGUGGGAAAGGCCUUGAAGAGAAGAUCCCUGAGAAUAAAGUCUGCUCCCUAUAAAAACAGUCCUCAGACAAAGCACCCCCUCAUUAUGCAAAGCAGAGAAAUUGUCUUGUACCUGAAUACCAAAGACAUGGAAACAGCUGAUACAUGGAGAAGCUGUGGUCUUAACAGUGCAUAGGGUAUUUUUGAUUGAAGUUUUGAUGCUUGAGUGAAUUUGGGAGACUGAGUUUGCUGAACCAAGUUCCCAAAUAACAGUUAAUGUGAUCAAUAACUAAAUUAAUUAUGAUUAUGAACAACUAAGAUCAUGAAGUGAAACUCUAAAAGAGAACACAUUUAAAUUGGAAGUGUAUGGAUGAACCCAAAAGGUGAUGACCCUACUCAUACUUCAGGGAUAAACUUUGUACUUGUGUAAUCAUAUCUCCCUCUAGUGGCUGAUAACAGCAAAUAUUUGGACAGUAUCUGUUUUUGAAGAGAAAGACACUAAAAACUAAUCCCAACUGGCCAUAUUAAUGUCCCUUAGGGAUGCAGCUUUAGUUCAUUACAUAAUGCCUUUUAGCAUUUUUUUGUGCCCAAAUAGUCCAUCUGUGUUUCAGGAAUUCUGAACCACGGUUUGCAAAGGUUACCUUUAAACUCAAGUUGAAUGGAUGAAGGUGGUAUUUAUAGAUAAAAGGAAAUGCAUGGUGUUGUAAAAGAUGUUAAGUUGAAGUAAGUAAAAAUACUUUAUUCCUCUGGUUUUAGCUAGAAUUCAGAAAACAGAACCUGAGGACUGAGGUGCUCAGUGAAUGGUAGGAGAGGGCAGGAUGAAGUAUCAAAAUGUUUUGACAUAGACUUCAAAAGGAAGUUCAUUCCACUUCUAAUAUGCUCCUGAGGAUCUCCUCUGAAAAUACUGUGAGCUAUUCUAACUCUGAGACUUGCAAAAUUACCAUCAUCUGCUCGAGACUUUACCAAGACUGGAGCAAGGCAUUAAAUUUUUCCUGUGAAAGUUUUCUGUGUAAAUUCUGUCUUGACUAUUUGAUGAAAUACGAUUUUUUUUUUUUUUUCCUAAACCAAGUAAGGAUUGAAGUCUAUGCUGUAUUUUAAGAGCAUUUUGACAUGCAGUCAGCUGGAUGACCAUCAUUUGAUUGGACUACUGGUCUAAAUUUGUUAACUGUGAAGAAUGGGAGAGGAACAGUAUUUAUAUAAUUGUUACAUGAAAAUGUAGAGCUUUCCAGCCAAAUCAGCAGCAAUGUAAAUUAGCAUAGAUAAUAACAAAUCUGACUGAAAAGACUGUAACACUUCAGUAUAAAUUUUGUAAAUUUGAGAUUGGGUUAAUUAGUACUAUUACAUUAGAAACUAGUAAAAUUUCUGUAAACAUCAAUAAAAGCCAUAUAGAUAGGUCCCAGAAAGUGCAUAAAUAUAAGUCAAUUGUAUGACUACAUUUGUACCACGAUAAGUAUUCUUUUGUGAUUUAUUCCAGAUACUCUGGAAAGUAUUUUGGGAUACAGUUUUCAUAUAUGCUGUAUAAAUAAUGCAGUUACGUUGUAUGCUUUUAAUACAUCCUGUAUGUAGGACGCGAAGAGGAUAAAUUGCAAUAAAUAUUGUAUUUAAACUUUC